AUGCUCGGGUUAUGUUCGAUUUGCUUAUGGUCGAUUUCUUUACAGGGAGAACAUCAGAGAAAGUUGUAUAAGGAGAUAUUGGAGAACUACAACCGACUGGAGAGACCUGUUGCCAAUGACUCUGCGCCUCUGGUGGUGGAACUGGGACUCACACUGCUGCAGAUAAUAGAUGUGGAUGAGAAGAACCAGGUGCUAAUAACCAAUGCCUGGCUGCAACUGGGCUGGACAGAUGUUUAUCUAAGCUGGAACCCAGAGAACUACCCAGGCGUUAAUAAUCUGCGCUUCCCAUCCAAUCAGAUCUGGACGCCAGACAUCCUUCUGUACAACAGCGCUGAUGAGAGGUUUGAUGCCACGUUCCACACUAAUGUGCUGGUGAAUUCAUCAGGAUCAUGCCAAUAUAUACCACCAGGUAUUCUGAAGAGCACGUGUUACAUCGACGUGCGCUGGUUUCCAUUUGAUGUGCAGAAGUGUGACCUGAAGUUCGGCUCCUGGACCUACAACGGCUGGCUGAUUGACCUGCAGAUGCAGGAGGUGGACAUCUCCACCUACAUUCCUAAUGGAGAGUGGGACUUAGUGGGGGUCCCGGGGAAGCGUAAUGAACUGUAUUAUGAGUGCUGUAAGGAGCCGUACCCUGACGUGACCUACACAGUUACCAUCAGGAGAAGAACGCUGUACUACGGGCUCAACCUGCUGAUCCCAUGUGUGCUCAUCUCAGGCCUGGCACUGCUCGUCUUCCUGCUGCCCGCCGACUCGGGAGAAAAGAUCUCGCUGGGAAUCACUGUGCUGCUGUCACUUACCGUAUUCAUGCUGCUGGUAGCUGAGAUCAUGCCCGCCACCUCGGACUCCGUGCCCCUAAUAGCGCAGUACUUUGCUAGUACGAUGAUGAUCGUGGGCUUGUCUGUGGUGGUCACCGUCCUUGUCCUGCAGUUUCACCAUCACGAUCCACAAGGAGGCAAAAUGCCCAAAUGGGUGCGGGUGAUCCUGCUGCAGUGGUGCGCUUGGUUUUUGCGAAUGAAAAAGCCGGGCGAUGAGCGCAAAUCGCCCUUCAGCUAUGCCCACCAUUCCAGUGCCAGCAGCCUCCAGAUGGGCACCAUGUCAAGCCAGAUGGGCACCAACGGCCACACAAACCUGUACUUCGGCUUUCACUCACCUGACGGCAGCUGUUGUCCAAACAGCAGCGACUCGGGUGUGUCGUGCGGUGUGUCCUGCAGCGCCGGGCACCGUGAGGCAGCCCCGGCUCUGUCGGGGGAGCAGCGGGAGCUGCAGCGGCUCGUGGUCGAGGUUUCGUACUUGGCGCAGCGUUUCCGGGCUCAGGACGAGGCAGAGGCAGUGCGCGGUGAAUGGAAGUUCGCGGCGGCAGUGGUGGACCGCCUCUGCCUCGUCGCCUUCUCGCUCUUCUCCAUCGUGUGCACCUUCGCCAUCCUCAUGUCUGCCCCUAACUUCAUCGAGGCCGUCUCCAAAGACUUCACAUAA